CCAGCUCAUUCUCCAUUUUCAAUCAUCUAAGCUUUAUUUUCUGCUUCAAGUAGCCUUGCUUUCAUCAACAUCAAUGGAGUUUCAACUCCUUGGAAUCUUCUCACUUCUUUCUGUGGCUGUUGUUGCAUGCCACGCAGCUUUAUCACCUGAGACUUAUUGGAAAUCUGUGAUUCCAAACACCCCCAUGCCAGGAGCUGUCAAAGAUUCCCUGUCUACAGCAGGGGGUGUUGGGAAGGUCGGCGUCACGCCCAACGCGAUCCUCUUUAUCUACACCGACGCCGCGACGGAGGAUCAGCUCCACGACGACCCCAACGUGGCCCUUUUCUUCAAGAAGAAUGACUUGCAGCAAGGCAACCAGAUGAAAUUGCACUUCACGAAAACCAGCAACGCCGCCACUUUCCUCCCGCGCUCGGCCGCCGGAAAGAUCCCAUUCUCCGCCGUGAAACUACCCCAGAUUCUCUCCCGUUUCUCCCUGUCCCCGGACUCGAAAGAAGCCCAGGUCAUGAAGAAAACCCUCGAAGAAUGCGAAGCGCCGGCGAUGAUGGGAGAAGAGAAGCUCUGCGCUACUUCAUUGGAGUCCAUGGUGGAUUUCAGUGUAUCUCAGCUGGGCAAAAACGUUAAGGCAAUUUCAACUGAGGGCGGGAGGAAAAGGGAAGCAGUGGAGAAAUACGCAAUCUCAGGGUCCAAAAAUAUGGGAAAAGAUGGCAAAGCAGUGGUGUGCCACAAGCAGAGCUAUCCCUACGCAGUUUUCUACUGCCACAAGACACAAAACACAGAGGUGUACGAGGUUUCUCUGGUCGGAGCCUACGGCGCAAAGGUUAAAGCUGUAGCGGUUUGCCACAAGGAUACUUCUGCCUGGAACCCUAACCACUUGGCCUUCCAAGUGCUUAAGGUUAAACCUGGAACUGUCCCUGUCUGCCAUUUCCUCCUAGAGGACCACGUCGUCUGGGUUAAUUAAUUUCUUUCUUUAUGUCAAAUAUAUGUUGUUUAAUAAUUAUGGCUAGCAUGGUACCCUGCACGGUCAAUAAAUUAUAUUUUAAUUAAUUUUAGAUGUUAUUAUAAUAAACUAAAUGAUUGUGCAA